ACGCCACGUGUUGGGUCGAACCCAAACGCCAUUGAUUUUAGAUGCAGUAGUUGUUGGCCCGCACCUUGUUUUCUUUUUUACCUCAAUUUCACCGUCAUUACAUCAAACCAAGGGAAGCUUAACAACUAAGCACUCUCUUCUCCCCUCCCCCUUGCCAUUCCAAAAAUGGAGUUCCCAUACAACCAAGGCCACGCCACCCACACCCACCACCACCACCACCGCAGGGACGACGACGACGACGAACGCCCCGACACUUACCCUCCGCCGGGAAACUCCUUCUCUUCCUACAACCAGCCACCGCCACCUCAGCCGCCCUUCUACGGCGUCCCUCAGCCAGCGCCACCUCAGCCAGAGACCCACGUGUUCCACUCUUCUCACGUGAAAUCAGGACACGUGUCCCAGGACUUCAAUUAUUCCGCUCCCCCUCAUCACCAGGGUUACCAACCUGCUCCUCCUGCAGCUGAUUAUUCCCCUCACGGGGGCAGCACCACCGUCCACCACGUGUCCCAUGAAACCCACCAUUACCCUCCUACCGUUCACCACGUGGGCCACCAGGUUAGUAACAGCUUCACCGCUUUCUCUGGUAAACCCACUGUGAGGGUUGUCACCAAAGCCGCACCCAAUUUCUCACUCACCAUUCGUCACGGCCAAGUCAUUUUAGCACCGUCCGAUCCAUCCAAUGACCACCAGCAUUGGUACAAGGAUGAGAAGUACAGUACGAGGGUGAAGGAUGAAGAGGGUUGCCCUGCUUUUUCUUUGAUCAACAGGGCUACGGGUGAGGCCUUGAAGCAUUCCAUCGGUGCCUCUCAUCCUGUUCGGCUGAUACCUUACAAUCCAGAUUAUCUUGAUGAGUCAAUUCUGUGGUCUGAGAGCAGGGACCUUGGUGAUGGGCACAGAACUAUAAGAAUGGUCAAUAAUAUUCGUCUUAAUGUCGAUGCUUAUCACGGGGAUAAGCAUUCUGGAGGCGUUCAUGAUGGCACUACUAUAGUCCUCUGGGACUGGAACAAAGGUGAUAACCAACGCUGGAGGAUCUUACCCUACUGAGCACAAGACGGAAUUAUCAGUAGCUUUGAAGAUGCAUUGUCUUUUGGUUGAGAGGGUCUCCUCUGUUUGAGUGGUUUGUGCUUGCAUGUUUUUUACAUAGAGUAUGAUCAAUGGUUUGUAUGGCAGUCACUGAUACCAGGCACUGGUUAGAGACUUCUUAUCAAUUGAAUAAGUGUGUUUAUCUGUUACAUACAUGUCUCAGUGUCACUGGUGAAGAUGCUGAUUGCAUACAAUGGAAUACAGUCCGUGUGCCUCGUUUUCUUUUAAUGUGAUUCAAUGUGAACAAUUUACUGCUGCUGUUACAUCUAUCACCUAAUAAAUAUUUAUAGCUAACAUGUGAAGUACAGUGUCACUAACUAUCAUAAUAAGAUAGAAAAUGAGGGGAUGUUAGAUGUAAAAUGAAUACUUAGAAGAAAGAGAUAGAACAAAAUCUUAGUUGAUAUUUCAUUUUCCUUGUCAAUAUUAUGGUUAUGCGUCAUAGCGUCGAGGCACAUGAGCUCUUCCUUAGUGCGCACCACGUGUAAUUUUUUAAGUGCAAUCACAAGGUUUAUUCAUAGUUCUUU